AUGGACGAAGAAUCUUCUGCCCCAAAUUUGCCUUUCCGAUCUCCUGCAACACCUGUCUCGGCGCCCUUGCAAACAACCUAUACAACAGCCGGGACUAUCUACAACCCCAGCUCUUCUCAGCGGCUCCAGCCUCCUGCUCGUCGUGGUCGUUUGCUCAAGGCGACAUCUGAAUUUGAUAACCUCAACUUCGUCAACCCUCCUCUCCCUAGGCAUCAGCCUGAUGCGUUGCAUAGACUUUACAUGAGUGAAAGCUUUGCUCAGACACAGCCUCUUCCGGAUCGACCAGUCUCCUACGAGCCUCUGCAGCAGAACUAUGAUCGCGCUGUUAGCCCGGUGAGCGCUCAAGAUCAAGCGCCCGGAAUGUCGUGGUCCACGGGCUUGCAAUCGCCCGCUGCUUUGUUUGACGUUAAGGGCAAAGGCAUCGCGAGCGACGCAAACUCUAGUGACGAUGAGGACGGCAUCAUAACCGGCGCCCUUAUGAAUAUGCCUGUCAAAUCUCUCCAAAACCUCGCCUCGUACCCGAAUCCAAACCAAAAGCAAGCUCAGAAAGCACUUCUUCGAGGGAUCAAGCCAAGAGGGAACAGCACAUUGAGCGUGCCGUCUAGACAGGAUACACCAUUUUCUCAAGGUGAACAUUUACCGCAAUAUGCUAGAUUGCGACACCAUACUGUCUCGGAUCCUGCCGCCUCUCGCUUCCCAGCGUCUCGGAAGAGUGCUCGAGUAGCAAUAUCCGAAACCGCGGCAAAUGCCGAUUAUAAGAGUGCCACUGCAUCAUCAUCUCGAUUUUCGACUCCAUCUAUCCACAGCGAUAACUCGGAUCUUUAUGUUUCGACAUCCAUGGGCCUUGCCUCAAGCGCUGGUGCCCCUAAGCCAUUGACUGCGGGACCGCCUGGCCUACGCCAAUAUCGCCCCUCGACAUUCGAGUCGAUGUUCAAGGCGCUCAACACUAUGCCGACGGAUUCUCAAGAUAGCAUCGCCCAUGCCCAAAAAGGGGGGAACAAUCCCUCAUUUGACCCGCUUUACAAGUUCACUGAGACUCCAACGACUACCCAAGAUUACAUUGAACAAGAUGAAGAGUUUAUUCCAUCCUUUGUGUUGUCGUCUUCCAAGUGCCUCGAUGCCACGCCAACUGCUCAUCAAAACGCAAUCGACAAAGUCCCUGAAUAUUCAGCUCUUCCUGGAGAGUCUCUGCAAUAUUACCAUGACUAUUCCGACUUUACGGAUUCUCUUGAUGCUAAUGAGCAGCAGUACUCCAGCGUGCCAUCCAAGUGGCCCCACCAAGCCAGUGGCAAUGGUGUUGGGGAUGGAGAAGGAUCGUACUAUUCCAACGCUCAAAGGGAGGCUUACUUCAACUCGAUCGACUCUUCUGCUCCACAGGCCACUGCAUCAUCUUCUCUUUUCAAAACUUGGUCUAGUUACGACAAUGAAACACUCUCUGAGCCCAUGUUUCCUCAGUGCAUGGGACAUCCAGCCUGCUUGACGGAAGCUGAGAUACGAGAGCGAACUCGACAGUUGCAUAUCAAAUGGUACGCGGCAACUGGCUUGCUUGGAGACGCUUAUCCACUCCCAAAGCCUAUCGUCGAGCCCACCUAUCUACCGAGACCGAAGAAUGCCUAUGGUGCAGUUGGCGACGGACGCCCCUCGAAGACUAGCUCUGCGUCUGAAGAAAGUGACGAGGCAUCCGUGGACACUAUGCCGUCGGAGUCUUUUAAGAACAAGAUUUACAGUGAUCUCGCACUCUUGGGAGUUGUUCUGAACAGAGCUACACCGUGA